AUGGUGUAUCUUCUUGUUUUGUUCACAGGGUCCAGGUAGAAAGAGCAGGGUCACCUGUACCCAGCUGUCUGUCUAUGAAGAGUGAUCGUUCAAUGGAUCUUCCAAACAUGUUCAGAGGAGAGUUCACUGGUGAUCAAAGGGUCCAGGUAGAAAGAGCAGGGUCACCUGUACCCAGCUGUCUGUCUAUGAAGAGUGAUCGUUCAAUGGAUCUUCCAAACAUGUUCAGAGGAGAGUUCACUGGUGAUCAAAGGAUACAGCAGUCACAGGAGCCUAGCUCUUCAGAAGAGACAAGUUCAGAGAAACUAUCUUCCUCAAAAGAGUCUCUCCUGCGCACUCUGAUGAAGCUGAAGAAGGAUGAAAAGUUGAAACUGUUUCAGAGCCAUCUGAUUCAGGAUUGUCCAGAAUGCAAAAAGAGUCUGUCUGAAGAUCCUUCUGUGUUGGUUAAGUUUAUGCAGAUGAAGAAAUUGUUCAAGAGUCAUCAAAUUUCUGAUUACCCAGCAUGCACUGAGAGAGAGCAGGAAGAUCCUGAGGCCCUGUACAUAGUUGAGAAGAUGCUGGAGACCUGUGGCAGUGAGAGGUCUCUGAAGAUCACACUCCACAUCCUGAGGAACAUGAAGCAGAAGGAUCUCCCCGACUCACUGGAGAGAGAUGAGCAGCACAAUGAAUCCAUAAAAAUAGCCCAGCAGGAAUUGAAAACCCAUCUGAAGAAGAAGUUUGAAUGCAUAUUUGAAGGUUUAGCAAAGCAGCGCCACCCGACCCUCCUAAAUGAGAUCUAUACAGAGCUAUACAUCACAGAGGGGGGAAGUAGGGGGGUCAAUAAUGAACACGAGGUCAGACAGAUUGAGACAGCAUCCAAGAGACAAACCACACAGGAGACUGCAAUCCUCUGCAAUGACAUCUUUAAGCCUUUACCUGGACGAAAGAAACCCAUCAGAACUGUGCUUACAAAGGGCAUCGCUGGCAUUGGGAAAACUGUCUCUGUGCAGAAGUUCAUUCUGGACUGGACAGAAGGAAAAGCCAAUCAGGACGUUGAUUUCAUCUUCACCCUUCCUUUCCGAGAUCUGAACUUGAAGACGAAAAGAGCAUUCAGUCUGAUGCAGCUUCUGCAGCACUACUUUCCACAAGUGAAAGAGAUCAAAAGUGUUGAAGGUGAUGAAGUCAAAGUUUUAUUUAUCUUUGAUGGUCUGGAUGAGUGUCGACUUCCUCUAAAUUUCCAAAGCAAUAAGAAGUGCUGUGAUAUAACAGAGUCAUCAUCAGUGGAUGUGCUGCUGACCAACCUCAUUAAGGGGAAUCUGCUUCCCAAUGCUCUCCUCUGGAUCACCUCCCGACCAGCAGCAGCCAAUCAGAUCCCUCCUGAGUGUGUCCACCAGGUGACAGAGGUACGAGGGUUCAAUGACCUACAGAAGGAGGAGUACUUCAGGAAGAGAAUCAGAGAUCAGAACCUGGCCAACAGAAUUAUCUCACACAUAAAGUCAUCCAGGAGUCUCUACAUCAUGUGUCACAUACCAGUCUUCUGCUGCAUUUCUGCUACUGUUUUGGAGGAAAUUUUGGGUAAAACAGGGAGUGGAGAUCUUCCCAAAACACUGACUGAAAUGUACACACACUUCCUGCUCAUUCAGACGAAUGUGAAGAAUCAGAAGUAUCAUGGCACUGAUGAGACAGACCCAAAGAAGAUGUCAGCAUCAGAUACAGAAAUCAUCCUGAAACUGGAGAAGCUGGCUUUUCGACAGCUGGAAAAGGGCAAUCUGAUAUUCUAUGAAGAGGACCUGAAAGAGAGUGGCAUUGAUGUUAGUGAAGCUUCAGUGUAUUCUGGGGUGUGCACAGAGAUCUUUAAAGAGGAGUGUGGGUUGUAUCAGGAGAAGGUCUACUGCUUUGUGCAUCUGAGCAUUCAGGAGUAUCUGGCUGCCUUGUCUGUGUUUCAUUCAUGUGUAAAUGAGAACAGAAAUGUACUAAAAAAAAUAAUCAAAUCAAAACCUCAGAGUGACAGAGUGCAGCUGUCUGAGUUACACAGGAGUGCAGUGGAUCAGGCCUUAGAGAGUAAGAAUGGACACCUGGACCUUUUCCUCCGAUUCCUUAUUGGCCUCUCACUGGACUCAAUUCAGACUCUCUUAGGAGGACUACUGACACAGACAGGAAGCAGAUCUGAUGGAGGAAUACAAAAAAAAAACUCCAUGUUUACCUUCUUUCAAAGACUACUGACACAGACAGAAAGCAGAUCAGAGAGUAUUGAGAAAACAGUCCAGUACAUUAAGGAGAGGAUCAGAGAGGAAUCUUCGGCAGAGAGGACCAUCAAUCUGUUCCACUGUCUCAAUGAACUGAAUGACAACUCUCUAGUGAAGGAAAUCCAGAAUUCCCUGAGAUCAGGAACACUUUCUGAUAAAGAGCUGGAACCAGACCAGUGUUCAGCUCUGGCCUUUGUGUUACUGAUGUCAGAGGAGAUCCUGGAUGAGUUUGACUUGAAGACCUACAACACAUCAGCAGCAGGUCAUGAGAGACUGCUACCAGUAAUCAGGAACUGCAGGAAGGCCAUACUGAACAGCUGUGACCUCACAGAGGAGUCAUGUGAUAUUGUGGCCUCAGCUCUCCAGUCAUCAAACUCACCCCUGAGAGAUCUGGACCUCAGCUACAAUAAACUGGGAGAUUCAGGAGUGAAGCUGCUCUGUGCUGGACUGAUGAGUCCAAACUGUAAACUACAGAGACUGGGACUGAACAGCUGUAACCUCACAGAGAAGUCCUGUAAUAUUGUGGCCUCAGCUCUCCAGUCAUCAAACUCACGCCUGAGAGAUCUGGACCUCAGCUACAAUAACCUGGGAGAUUCAGUAGUGAAGCUGCUCUGUGCUGGACUGAGGAGUCGAAACUGUAAACUACAGAGACUGGGACUGAACAGCUGUGACCUCACAGAGAAGUGCUGUAAUAUUGUGGCCUCAGCUCUCCAGUCACCAAACUCACCCCUGAGAGAUCUGGACCUCAGCUACAAUUACCUGGGAGAUUCAGUAGUGAAGCUGCUCUGUGCUGGACUGAGGAGUCGAAACUGUAAACUACAGAGACUGAGACUGAACAGCUGUGACCUCACAGAGAAGUCAGGUGAUAUUGUGGCCUCAGCUCUCCAGUCAUCAAACUCACCCCUGAGAAAUCUGGACCUCAGCUACAAUAAACUGGGAGAUUCAGGAGUGAAGCUGCUCUGUGCUGGACUGAUGAGUCCAAACUGUAAACUACAGAGACUGGGACUGAACAGCUGUAACCUCACAGAGAAGUCCUGUAAUAUUGUGGCCUCAGCUCUCCAGUCAUCAGACUCACCCCUGAGAGAUCUGGACCUCAGCUGCAAUAACCUGGGAGAUUCAGGAGUGGAGCUGCUCUGUGCUGGACUGAUGAGUCAAAACUGUAAACUACAGAGACUGGGACUGAACUACUGUGAACUCACACAGAAGUGCUGUAAUAUUGUGGCCUCAGCUCUCCAGUCAUCAAACUCACCCCUGAGAGAUCUGGACCUCAGCUACAAUAACCUGGGAGAUUCAGGAGUGGAGCUGCUCUGUGCUGGACUGAUGAGUCCAAACUGUGAACUACAAAGUCUGGGGUGAGUAGUGCUGUGUACUGUGUGACUUUAAAGAAGUAGAAUUUGUGAUUAAGUGUGUAAGAGUGUAAAUUUAAUCACCGGG